UAAAAUCUCGCAUCGAUGUGCAGCAUCCCUCACCACGAUCACCAUGCAGACCCUCAUCGACAGCCUCGAACGGUCAUUCUCUGAGCUCUCUACAAAGGACGAUAAGAAAUCGGCGUUCUUGUCUGCCUUGGAAAAGAUCGACACCGAUUCGAAGGGAUCCCUACUUCAGCUUUCGGCCCGCCCCGGUACACCGAAGAACGGCACACCUGUAGAAGAUAUAAACGAAUGGACAGAUUUCGAACGCUUAAUCGCACGUCAUGGGCUCCAAGAUGAAAUGAUUGACAUUGCAAGGGCGAUAUACAGUCAAAGUCGUUUAAAAUUCGGGACCAAGAUGCCGCCCCCCCUGAGCCGUCUCGGUUGCGCGAAUUAUGUCGUCUCAAGAUCCCAAUGUUGCCCCAGGGAUGGAAUUUUGACCUGUUACGGGUGUUUUCUCGUUCGAUAUUGCUCGAAAGAGUGUCAAUUGGCGCACUGGAGAUUCCACAAGAAAGAUUGCAGAAACCCAUUGAAAUUGGUGUCGUGGUCGCCGGCGUGGAUCAGAGAGAACAGGAUGCCAGCGUUCGUUUACAGUGACGACGUAUCGCCUACGGAUAUUUCGACGCAAUCUACAUUUGGAAUGGGCAUGAUUCUGUGGGGGAACAUCGAGGCGAUCGAUAUCAUCAACCCAAAGCAUAACGAGGGUGCGGACGACUUGCGGACCCGAGAUCUAUCGUUGGCCUUCGUAGCCUCGGGUGAUCUGCGAAACGUCGUAAGGACUGUCAAUAAGUUACCAGAGGAUUAUUCCGGGUCAAUUAAAAUCGUACUCAAUGACCACAAUCCUAUGGUCGUGUGCCGUAACCUCAUGAUUCUCUCUAUCCUUGGUAUCAUCGCAGAUGUUGAGGAAGCGGCCGAACAUGCGCUUCACCUCUGGUACUCCGUUUUCCAGCCUCUGUCUUACGAGACGCGCAUCCUUCCACAUCUUUACGAGUCCGAUGCCCUCAGAAACAUCGAUGGGACAUCCGCUCGGCUGACACCUUCUACUACCAUGCACACCAAACUCUCCUCCGAUACCGCCAAUUUUCUUGUCCAUCAAAUCCGUUCGACUUUGGAUCCUGUUUCCAUCAAUACCGCCUUAAACAAUAUAAUGAACGCGCCAGAGCGGACUGAUUAUCGUGAUAGGUAUUAUGAGGCCAUCAGGCCUUCUCAUAGGGUUGCAUUCGAAAGAUGGCGAUCGUUCGGGCUUGUUCUACCUUUUGGAGCGGCGAACGCUCAUAUGGCUCUCCCAAACAAAUGGCUCUUCAUAGAUGGCCAUCUCAUGGUCAAUGAUAGUGCCAAUCCGUUUGAAGGAUGGGACAUGGACGAGAUAUUCAAAGCGGGAAAAGAUCACGGCACGACAGAAGACGACUUGAUGGGUUGUCUGUUCUUCUAUGUCAAAGACCAGCUCGUCGAGUUCUCCAAGCGACUUCGUCGAUUCAAAGUACAGAUCUAUUCCUUCAAUCAAGACGCUAGAGACCUUCCGAGAACUCUGAAAAUCCAUGCGUCAUUCCCAAAAAGCUUCGACCGCAUCGAGGUUUCAAAUAUCGUGGACAAAAAUUACGUCGGCAUGUCCGUUCUCUCGGACUGGGGACCCAUGCUCAACAAAUCUAAUCCUCACGCGGCCAUCAUCGGCCUGUUCAUGAAUUGGCCGGCUUGGAAAGAAGCAGGGAAUGCCCUGUGUUCUUCCACAGCUACUAGUCGCGCGUUAGAGAAGAUGGCCUCUUGUCCAUAUGCGGGACUUUGUCAGAGCCGUUCCCCCGAGAAAGCGAUGGGCGUGAUGCGCAGCCUGAAUCUGUUUCAUGAUACAUCUCGUGGUUUCGAGGAGUACUUGAAAUCUGAGAGGGAGAUUGUGAUCGCUCGAAAGGUAGGGCUUCAACGUCGGCGCAUCCACAAAAUUGUGCCACAUCGCUGCUAUGCGAAGCUUGGUAUGGUACAAAGCGAACUCCCAGGCAUUGAUUCGGCACGAUGUUGGUAUAAAAUGGCUUCUCUCAGUGGUAUGACAUACUACGAGCGCUAUGUUGAAUGGGGAUUAAUGGGGUUACAGUGAUAGUAUCUAUAUGACAUAAUGAGCUGGACUAUCCUAAGAUAUUAAAAUCGGCUCGUGUAUCAUAGAAUCAAAGAUCUUAGGAUAAAUAAACACAGUGCAG